AUGGAGGAACGUCAAGACAGCCUCGAUGGAUGGGUGGCUAUCCGAGAGAACCUCUUUGAACCUGUCGACGUUCCCAGCCAUGGCUCAUCACGAUUCAUCGUCGCCUUCAACCAUGUAGAGUGCCAGUUUGCAGUCAGCUACUCCGAGGGCGAGCGUCACGCUUGUGACAGGGACACCUGUGCCGCACGUGCUGCUCUGCUUUCUUCGGAUGCCCUGCAUGACAUUCACAAGCAGCUCGUGCUUAUGUGCCCCGCACUUGAGAACUCUUUCCCCCUGACUGACUCGCAGACAAAGGGGUCUUGGAACUUCUUACGGUUUUUCUCUAAGAAAAAUGGUGUUUGUGAAAGGCUGGAUUCCUCUGUAGAAGGGAAAGUCUGCAGGGAGCUGGAGUACUAUUUUAAGCAGGCACUCGACGCAACAGGGAAGCGGUUGCUCUUUUCUCUGCUGUUUGGUGAAGAAGACUACUUGACCGACUAUGAAGAAGACAUUCAGGAGCUGAGACUGCGUGGUCUGGAGCGCACCCUGGAGCGUGCCUAUGAUGAACUGAAUGAGAUUCUUUCUCUCCGUUCGCUCUCUGAGACUAUGUUGAACCUGUCAACGGUGUACGCACUUGAGGACCAAGUGGUGGUCAACAUUUCGAUUGCUUUGGCUGAGCUCUACAACUUCCAGUUGGGGCCCUUCCUGGAACUGCGUGAGGUGGCAGCCGAACGUAGUCGUGCGUUGCGGCUCAGGGCUGACGACGGGCGGCUCGGCCCGCGUGUGAGAGCUGAAGCCACGAAGGAACUUGAAGAGUGGGACGCUCGAGCGCAGUCUGCCACUGAGGCCACUCAACACCUUUACCAGGAGUAUUAUCGGCGCACCGUGGAUCUUGUUUCAGGUCAGAGAAACAGGAUGCUUGAAGACCAGACAAAGUUUGGCCGGUCGACGUUUGAGCUGUACGGUAUGCAACGCCUUCAGAAGCUGGAAGUGUUCGUCUGCCAGGAGCGGCUCAAGCUACUGGGUGCCAUCAAAAUCACCCGAGAGCUGCAACAUGGCAAGAUCACCAAAAUGCUGGAACAGCAGGCAUUGCGUGGUCAGUGCACGCUGGAGGAGAUGGAAGAAGAAGUGUAUCGCUCCCAGCUGGGCAUAUUUGAUGUAAGCUUGGAGAUGCUCAAGGAGGAGGAGGACAUACUACGAAGACAGAAGGACAUCCUUGACCGUGCUUGGCAAGAGGAGCUGGAUGAGGGCAUCUUUUAUGAUGCGGUGGAGGAACGAGAUCAGCUUGAGGACGAACUUGAGAUGGAAAGCAGCGGCCCCAUGUCGAGGCGAGACCGACUCAAGCUUCGACUCAACAGGCUCUACAGGAAGCGAGCCAUCCUCAGAAACAAGCGGAAAGCCUGCGUUGCUGAACACCAAAAGAAGGCGAAGAGAAAGGAAGAAAAGAAGAAUCGCAUUAAGCAGCAUCACGCUGUCCAUAUAAGACGAGAAGAGAUACGCAAGGAGUUGGAGAUGAACCAUGAACGCAUUGAUAGUGAGCGCAGGAAGACGCUGGAAAGGCUCAGGGAAUACAAAAAGAAAUACCAGAAUGGCAAAAGAGGCGGCGAAGGCACUAUGCUGGAGCCCAACGAGGAAGGGGUGUCGAGGUCGCCAUCUCCGAGGAGCCCGAGACCUAGUUCGAGGCUCCAGAAUGGCACUGCGGCAGACAAAAGGAAAGCAUUCAGAAUAUCCUCGGAGAAUACCAAUGAGAAGAAGGACGAGCUCUCUUUGCCUGUCGCACCUCUCCCACCCCCGCCACCGCCUGCGGUGCAGCUCCCGCCACCCCCGCCACCUCCGCCUCCACCACCUCCACCACCACCACCACUGAUGCCAGCAUUAAUGCCGGCUGCCCUAAAUCCCAUUCCACUGACAGCACUCAAGAAGCCUGGACCAAAGCAAGAUCUGCCAAAGCCUAACCAAGCAGAAUCUAGCAAGACUAUCAACCUAGCAGAAAUCCUUGCUGCUCGCGGCAAACUCAAGAAAGCAGCUAAUUCCUCUGACGACGACAAAAAUAGGAAUUCAGCCACUGGAGGUCAGUCCAAGGACUUCAAUGCAGUUCUUAAAGCAGCCCUAACGAAAAUUAACAUUGCUGCACACGGACCUGACAACUCUGACCAUGAGAGCGAAAACAGUGAUUUUGAGUAGUGACACCCUGUAAAAACCUAAAAUGCUGACGUUCGUGCUCCCAAUUUCCGUCCUUGACCAGUGUUGAAUGCGUUGCAAUGCAAAUAAUGUGCUGCUUUCGCAUUUGUGAAAGCUUUUGUGGUGCAGUGUUCAUGCACAUAAGAAGUCUGGAGUAGUUAAAACACUGCUGUCCUCAUUUUGAAUGCUCAGUGCAUUAUAUUAUCUGCAGCAUUUUGCUUCGUUAGAUGGAGUUUCGCGCUGCAUGAGUGUACUUGUGAUAUGUGCUUCACAAAGGUUCCCCGCUCUUAAAUUUCUGCAUGAAAUGUGCGAAGAUGUCU